AUGUUUUAUCAACCCGGAGUGACCGAGCAUAAUCUCCCCCAUGACCCGUUCAAGGCAUGCGUGAUUCCGCGUCCGAUCGGAUGGAUCUCCACGCAGAACCAAGCGGGUCAAGCUAAUUUAGCACCAUAUUCUCAAUUCAACAAUCUGACAUUCGAUCCACCGUACGUGAUGUUCUCCUCGAACCAGACUGUCGAGGGCACUCGCAAGGACACGGUGGUCAACGCGGAGCAGACCGGACGCUUCGUCUGGAAUUUGGCGACAUGGGACCUCCGUGAGGCCGUCAACAUUUCGGCGGAACAAGUACCCUACGGAGUCGAUGAGUUCGAGCGCGCCAAGGUAACCAAGGAGCCGGCCACUUUGAUGGAUGUCCCAAUGGUGCGGGAGUCCCCGGUAAAAUUUGAGUGCGAAUAUCACUCCACCGUGCGGCUACCGGGCAAUCCUCCGAUGGGCACUGUAGACGUGGUGAUCGGCCGGGUGAUCGCUGUGCAUAUCAAGGACGAGGUUCUGACCGAUGGCAUUCUGGAUAUCAAAAAGACGAAGCCGAUCGCCCGUUGUGGAUAUUAUCAGUAUACGGUGGUGACCGAGACUUUUGACAUGGUGAUUCCCGGCAUGUCGGACGAUGUCCUAUAUGGGUUAGAGGGGGAGUGCAAAGCGUAA